AUGCAAGACGAGGAAACCGCAUAUUCUCGCCCAGCCACCCCAGACUCGCCGCUGGCCAGCAGUCUUUACCACGCAACGAGCACAAUUGACGAACUCACACUCGCACUCACAAACUUUUCCAGGGUACCUUCUCCGGAACCUCAAGCAAUACUGUGUUGUUGCUGUGGCAAAGAGGAUUGCGAGAACAUAAAGAACUGGCACGCAAUCAAGACAAAGCUAGAGAGCCGUCUCAUUCUCAGUGCCGAGGUCGGUCAAGCCCUUCUACAAAGACACGAAGCAUACUCAGGACACCAUACACCGCGCAACAAAUCGGAGGGUAGCGUGGAUGGACGCGCUUAUACUCCACCGAUCGACUCUCGGGUGGCAGAGCUUAACAAAGAGAAUGCACUGUUGGAGAAGCGGUUGACCCAAGCCCUGUUGAACAACGAGGUCUCCGAGGCUUCCAACAAGACUGUACUCCAUGAACUCGAAGAAGCACGCUCCGCAGUUUCACGACUGACUGCUCACCAUGCACGUGCAGUGGGUCUCGAUUCGCGACUAACGUCCGUUCUUCAGGAGAAGGACGAUAUCCAACAGGAACGCGAUAGUCAAACGCAAAGGGCUAAGAUCGCGGAGUCGCGCUUAGUCGGGUUAAGGGAUCGCGCAUCCCAACUACAGGCUGAAGUGCGUCGACUGCAAGAGGAAUUGGAGCAAAGGCGGUUCCAACGUAUGGAAUCAUCAGAAUCGUUGUUACAAGACGCUCGCUCUCGCCUUGAAGCACUUCAGCAAUCGGUGGGGAAGACCGCUAUUGCAGAUGACUCUGAGGUUAUGCAAGUUCUGGAGUCUCUUGUUUCUGACAAUGAAAUCUUGAAGCGUGACAACGAAGAAUUACAACAACUUCUGACAGAGUCGAGAGAGGAUGCUCACGUCUUGCAGACUGAAAUAGAGGAACAUCGUGUGACGCUUCCUCCUCCUAUAAGAGUCGAGACACCACAUUCAAGGCAGUCACGCAGUGGCCCUUCAUCUUUCAUCAAAGAUUCUAUACUUAGUCCUAGCAGACGUCAAGGAAGCAUGGAACCCAAAUCACGACGUGCAUUCGAACCUCUGACUCCUGAGACCGAUAGGCGGCCACUUUCACCAGCAGAUUCGCUGAUAGCAUCUGAGACAAAGUAUACUAGUUUUAUCCACCCACAGCCUAGAUACCCACCCUCUCAUCUCAGCUUCGACUUAGAGAAUGAACUUGACAACUCUUUCCCACCUACGCAAUCUCGAGGGGUGCAGACAGACCGGUGGCUAGGUAUCCUAUCAAAUCCUCAGCUAACCCCAUCGUCCUUCGAUCAUAUUUCCAGCUCCCCAAAUGACGGGCGAUCCGAAUCAUCAUCUCUAACCGACGGCCAUGGAUCUCCUUUAUCGAGUCUGUUGGAGCGUGUCGUUUCCUUACUUCACCGGUUGUCACAAGCAGACGCUCUUACUCUCACCAAUAGACUUAAACGCCAGCAUCUGAGAGGUGCUGAUGUCAGACAUCUUUCACGUUCCACUGUGGGCAACAUUCUAUCCGAAGUCAAUCAUUUAAGGACCCAAUACCGCAUGCUUCUCGAAGAUGAAAAGACGAUUGUGAUGUGCACGCGUAAAGACUUGCGUGGGCUAUUCAAAUUCUUUAGAGACGUUUUCGAGGAGCUUGGACAAACAAGAGUGACACUCAACGACGUCAUAUUAGACCCUUCCAUUGCGACGAAAGUCAGCGAAGCGGCAUUGGAUCCAGUCAAGGCAGAAGCGAUGGAGAGAGAAAGACGGUCCAAUAACCAUACUCUCGCCUCAGCGUGGAUGGCUCCACUCUCAAAGCUAUUCGGCACUUCCUAUGAAACGCCCCCUCCUAACCGUAAUCCUUCCCCUAGACCUGUAAGCAGAGGUCGUGGUAGUGUUCGACCUCCGCGCCCCGUUCCCAAACUCGGUCCAGCCCUUUCUGCGUCUACAACUACGGUCAAUGUCGAAUUCUCGGGCACGGUAGUGGGCAGGUCGGUCACAAGCACAUCUUCCGUAUAUCCUAACGCUGGUGAAGGUUCUGCCGGACGCCUCCCAGAUUCACAACCUUCGUCUUCAUCUAUGGGCACGUCAAGGAGUGUCAUGGGCAUUUUUGCUGGAGCACCUCACGUGGAGCCCGACCCAUGGGUUGUACUAGGAAGGAGUCCUCGUAGAGUUCAAUCUAGCUUCUUAAAGGCUGGUUCUGGAACUGCCACCAUCGGCAGAUCAAUGACGAGAAACCGCCACACGAAUCAGCUAUCGCGAGCUGUAGAUGCAGUAGUUGACGCGAACUCACCCAUCCUUCACGAGGAGGAAGAUGACGUCCCCGGUCCUCUUCUCGAGCGUACUCUCAGACGGCGUGGACUGUCAGAUUCGUCUAUUCACUCAACUUUCAUGAGUCAUUCUGAAGAUGCCCCGUCUACACCUUUGCAUGAUCGUUCUCCGUCCAAUGAGCCGUGGCCUGAGCGAGGGUCGUCCGUCUUUCAAACGCUCAGUAGAACGAUGAAUAAUUUUAGGAUAGCUGCAUCCCAUACCAUCUCGAAUGCUGCAAGCCCUGCUGCGGCUUCAUCGCCGUCUUCCACGUCACAGGUCUCAGGGCAGAAAGGCUCCAGCGAAGUUGUCAACAUCCCACGUCCGCGCCCACCUCGCGCUUCAUCACCGGCGUUCUCGUCGUUUAUUCCUAACCUGACAUCAUGGGCAGCAGCUGGCGCAGCCCUAGAACCUCAUGCACAUGGGCAACCUGGGCAUGUGGGGAGUCUUCAUGAUGACUCUAUGAUUCAUCGUAACUGGACACGCGAUGCAAUGUCGAGAGAAUGUUAG